GUUCUAUUUACGGUUUCGGGGUUUCGAAACAGGAAGACGAUGCACUCAAGUAACAAGGGAAAACCUAAACAGAAUCCAGAACGAGGAAGAAAAUGUUAAUCUUAUGAAAUCUAAACAAUAACAGACAAUGUGAGGCAAAUGGCAUUUCUUUCAGAGACGUACAAAGUUGUGAACGAUGAAAGCCCAAUCAUAAAAAGUCAACUUCAACGGCUGCCUCGGGAUAUCGAAAAAGAAGAUGAACAUUCCGUACCUUUAGUACUUGUUGAAGAACCGUCUCCACAUCUGAAAUGUACCGUGUGUAAACGGUUGUACCAUGAUCCUGUAAUAAGUGUUAAAUGUGGUCACACGUUUUGCAGAAAGUGUGCCUUCAGAGUUACCCACUGUCCAAUAGAUGGCCAACUGUGUGAUACAUCACAGCUUGUUGUGAACAGAAUUGUUGUUGGACAGAUUGAAGACUUGCUAAUCCACUGUCAGUAUGGGCUGACUGAGACUGAUGGUGACCAUUCUCCAGACCCCAGUGGCUGUCAGGAACACAUCGUUCUCGGAAACCGAGAGGAACAUGAGGCUAACUGUGUAUAUGCCCCUGUCCCGUGUCCAAACAAUUCUGGCCGGUGUGGGAGGUUUAGGAAAUCAGAGCUUGACCAACACUUAGAGUUGUGUCAGUUCACACCAUGCGGACACUGUGAAAAAGGAUGUGAGUUUAUGAGCACUGCUGAGGAAGUUCGCAGCCAUGAGGACACCACCUGUGGAUACAGGGGUCUUCAGAAGAGUGUCAGCUUCAAAGAUUUCAAUCAACAAAACCGUGUUUUGGAAGAGAAUAACAAAGAGCUGAGGGAGGAAGUAGGUUUGUUGACACAGCGAGUAGAGCUACUGGAGGGAGGGAGAGAGUACUUUCAAAAGCAACUCACAUCCUGCACAAGUAGCCUACUGGCCCUACAGCAGAAGUACGAAAAUAUCCAAGGAUUGGUGGAACAGUUACUGAGUGGUGGACGAAAUAGGCGAUCGUCAGGGUCUCCAGGCAACUCCCAGGAUGUGGUCAGGCACCGCUCAAGUAGCUCAAGUACAGCAUUGGUGAUUAGGUCCCGUCCAGGAUCCCCAGCCAAGGGCGAGGAUUGGCAGAUGCCUUUCCAGUUCAAGUGUAUAGGGACAUUAAGGGGACACAAGGACAUUGUGUGGUGCCUUGCCACUCAGCGACAGAAGUUGUGCAGCUCUGGAGCAGAUGGUUUGGUGAAGGUUUGGGACAUGGAGACCCUGGCCAAGGGCUGUAUCAAGACACUGGAGGGCCACAGUAAAGUGGUCCACACGAUGGUUGCCAGUGGGGACAUUUUAUACACGGGAGGCGGUGACAUGUCCAUCAGGGCGUGGAACAUGGAGACACUCACACAGCAUUCAAGCGUUGAGAAUGCGCAUGACAACAUUAUUACAGCCAUGGUGUUGGUUGGUGACUACCUCUUCUCUGCAUCACAUUCCCUCAUCAAGGUCUGGGAAGCGAAGACACUGACACAUAAACACACUAUAUCAGGAUUGCACCAUUGGGUGAGGGCGCUGUGUCUAAACAAGGCAAAGGAUCGCCUGUACAGCGGAUCCCACAACACAAUAGAUAUUUGGGACACGACAGGGACCUUUGACCUAAAGGGGAAGAUUGACCACGCCUUCGGGUCAGUGUACUCUCUGGCCAUCACACAUCAGUAUGUUAUAGCAGGUACCUACAACCGACUCAUACAGCUGUUUAACAUCGAGUCACAUGAUCACAUUGGGUCAUUCAAAGGACACAUCGGGACGAUAUGCAGUCUUGUAGCAGCGCCCUCCGGGAGAUUUUUGUUUUCUUGUUCCACAGACCAAUCCAUAAUGAUAUGGAGCCUUGAGCUGAUGCUUCCGAUCCAGAACCUGAAGCGUCACGAAGGCAGCGUCAACACCCUCAUACUGCUGGGAGACUAUCUCAUAUCAGGCUCGGAGGACCAUGAGAUCAAGGUUUUCAAAUACUUUCAGAUGCAGAUGGGUUUUGCACUGCAGACAUAGAAAAAGGAAAACCUUUGGUGCAUAGCCUUAACAGGCUCUACAGAGAUCGAGGUCAACACAGAUUCCUCAAAGGUCAAGGUCAACGUAGUUGAUAGUGACUUUAUGUGUAUUGCUGAACAAUGAGUUUAUCAUAGCAAUAAACAUGGUAAAACUUUGUCUUCCACGGUCAGGAACGUUUUUUCAAAAUGUCCUGGAAUUUGUUUUUUGUGAGAAAUAUUGUCAUUUUACUGUGUCAGUACAGAAGUAAUCCAAAAUAGGAGAGGUAUGUGAUUGACUCGGUUGUGCUUGAGAAAGCCAAGUUCAGCUUGGCUUAUAAGCUUUUCAUUUGUCACUGUGCUCAGCGACACUAGGAUAAGGUCAGAAUAAUAAGUUACUGUUGUUUGGUAACUGAAACAGAUGUAAACUUGAGGGCUAACACAUGUGAAGGACUUAUUUUCAUAUUUGAUGGCCCCCCCCUGAAAAGCUUUUUAGUUUUCUAUAGCACAAUUUUAUCAUGUACAGCAGGACUGUAUUUUGUAUCAAGUACUUGCUACAAAAGUCUACAUAUUCUAUGUUCAGGUUUAUAAUAUAUAUUAAUACAUAUAUGCUUGUUAACAUGUUACAGUUAAUGUUUCGAUAGCAAAUCUAAUGUGAUAUGUAAGAUUCUGUUUAAGUAUUAAAAGUUUUCCUUUCUGUGUCCUAGUACAAUAAAUCAACAUUUUCUGUACGAUUCCAUUAACAGUUCAUAUAUAUACAGCUAAUUGAGUUAUAGGUAAAUGAGAGUAUGAUCCCUCAUGUUCCCUUCAUUCAUACACCACUUCACAGUUUCCUUUUAAUGUUGAAUAAGUAAUUAGUGUCACUGUAAGCGUUCUUAUUUCAGCACACUCAAAGUUAAGCGUGUUGUCAAAUUUUAACUGAUUAGUGCAUUGUUGAAUUGAUGCAUCCACAAAAAACAGGAACCACUAUUGGCGCAAUCAUAAUUGUCUAACCACCACAAAGUGGAAGCAAGACUAAGGUGCUGCUUUUCCGGCUGAGUCAACAUUAAUUUUUUGCGUUGAAGUUAGUUUCACUGAAAGUAUAAGUGCUAGACCAACCAAACUUAGACCCUAGAUGUGUCUUAGGUAGUACAUCUCAACCCAUGCAUACAAUGCUGAAUGCAGCCUUCCUUUCAUGGCCCAUUGACUUUGUCAGCAUCUCCAUCAACAUUAAGUUUUGCAUUUAAGUUAGUUUCUCUGAUAUGUGUAUUGAUGGUCAAAGUGGGGUAUAGGCGAGACAUAUCCAUCUGAAUGGCUUGUUUUGAAUUUUAGCUCCAUAGUUUAAAUGUGAAAAGCUCUAAAUUAAGACUAAUGCUUAAAGAAUGCUAAUCUACAAAUGCUCCUUUUCAUUUGAAUAAUAUCAACUUUGUGAAAAAUUUGACAUCAGAGUCAGUUUUCUAGUUUUCACAUAUUACAUGGAACAUGUAAGUAUACGAUUGUUGACAGAUGAUGGAUGUUGCCUCAACUUGCCUUUGUUCCAUCUCUGAUUUAUUUAACUGUCUAAACCUAUAUAACAGUUUAUUUACAGUUAUGUCCUAAACAGAAACAUUGUUUUUGUCACCAUCAACUCCCAUCUCCUACAUAUCCAACUAUAAAUAUGCAAUAUUGUUUUGUGACAUAAUUGUUUCACGACAUCUGAUUAUGAGAUUAUAAUGACAAUGUGAUCUGCAUCUGUUUGAUAGUAUUGUGUUGUAGAGGGGGCCACACUGCAUGAUUGGUCAGUGUUCCGGCAAGGUCAUAGUUUAGAACACACAGACGGUGGGAUAUGACUGUGCGAGCAAAAUUCUAAAACUAUGUAGGUAUAGACAACUCCACCAGCAUUAGAUAUUAUGGGUUCUGUGUUGUGUUCAAGUGAUAAUGACUCCAUGAAUGAUCCAUUGAAAAUACUGAACCAUAACAAGCAGAGCAUCCAACCAUAGAUAGUAUAGACCAUGUUGAUUCUAAAUGGUGACCACCAGACAAUUAACACUCCAAAAAUCCUAUUUUGCUCUGGUUUUGAAAAAAAUCCAAAAUAAACCAUUUUGCAUAUAUGUGUACAUGUAUCAUCAAUCUAUUGUGAUGUUAAUGAAAUACCAAUGUUUGAUACAACCAGGGUGUUGCCAUAAACUUUUGGAUUUAAGCCUCAAAGCAAAACGUAUUUAUAUUAGGCAGAAUGGUUACUUUGAAUAUAACAUUUUCUUGAGUAAAGCCACUCAGGCGAAUCAUGAUUAAUACCGUGAAAGUCUUUGUUGAGCCUAAAGCUUACCAGAAAACAAUAUCAGGGGAUCCAUCACUAGUUCUGUCCUUAUUAAUAAAUGACCAAUCAGGGUUCAAAUGGACAAAUUAUUUUGAAUGUGAUAUAUUGAAAGAAGCAUUGAUCAUAUCAACAGAUGUAUGAUAAAGAAGGUUGUUGCUAUGAGCGACAUAUAGGUUGAUAUUAAAUUAUUUAAUUUGAACCAAUGUUUGUUGAAGAUGGUCACCAUGGAUCUAUUGACACUGGUUAAUAGGAUCUUUGAUAAACAAUUAUUACAUUUUAAUCACCUGUCUAACUUUGUUUUAUUUAUAUGUAUUAUUAAGUAAAUACCUCAGGGUCUUUAUCUGAAUUAAUUAAGGUUAAAAUGUGAUUGUAUGUUUUACUGAAAUAAAAUUAAUCCCAAGCGCUUUCUACAAAUAUUCUUCAUGAAUCUGCUUUUUAAUUUUUAUGCUUUUUUAAAUAGAUUGUUAUAAUAGCCAUUUACAUUAUGUUUGUCCAGUGUUAAAGGCCCGAAAUCACAAAACUUGUCUAUAUUCAGAACUUUACUGCAAGGAUCUAUUUCCUCAAAUGUUAGCUGAAUUAGAAAAAAAUAUUAUGUUAGGAAAACACUGAUCUUGACUUGAAACAGUGGAAGAGUUGCCAGAAAUAUAACUGUCAGCAAUUAGAGGAAGUGCAUCGUCAGAAACCCACAUUCGAUUGUACAGUACUAGCAUUUAUAGCAGUACAUGUAUUAGCAAUAAUAUUAAAGUUCAGAAGUUUUGUGAUGCCGAGGCCAUAUAUGACUGGCUUACAAUCUCUGUAUUGAUUUAUUAAAAUCUAAAUUGGUACAGCAUUAUAAUACAUGUAAAUAAACAAUUUUGUACUGUUUAUUUUGUUGGAGAAAAUAUAACAUUUAUUUUUGAACUUUUCUUUGGUUGUAUUAAUUACUGUACUUCACAUCAUUUACUGCCAUUGAUGAUUCAUCUGGCCUCGGUUGUUCAAAGAUUGGUGAACCUUAACCAGUGGUUAUUGAAAAAUUCAAAUUGUUUCCAAUAAAAGUAUGGUGUCUCGAAGCAUAAUCUACUCAAAACACAUCAAUCUGAUCUGUGUAAACAUAUCCAUAGCAGUGAAAUGAUGACGGAUGAUUUUGAUUUUGUUGUAUUUGUAUUUAAAAUUCCCCCUAACCAUUGGUUAACUCUACCCAACCUUUGAGUAACUGAGGCCAAGUGAAUAAAGCCUUUUACAUCUUGUGUUUAACGGUCAUGUAUCAAUGUGUUCAUUCAUAUAAACUCAUCUUUAGUUAAUCUAUUAAAAGGAUUUUAAACAGAGAUAAAUGUAAAGGUUGAUCUUAGUGAUCUGCUCAAUUAGUUAUUGUUUAAGGAUUGAAUGUGUAUUUGGUGGCUUGCAUGGCCUUAUAAAGGGAUUCCAAAGUGACUUGCGGGUAAAUUUAGUGAGCAUAUCAUUACCACUUGUUUUGUCAUUUGUUUAAACAUCCGAAAUAUACAAGCUGUUUUCAUCGGUCAGAGUCAACUGAAAAUGAAAAUAUAUUUAAAAAAAAAAGACACUAAAAAUCGAUGUAUUUCCUUUGCUAUUCACGGUCCAUUGGUGACUCCUGAGGACUUCUAGGUUAUGCUUCAAUGACAUUUACAUGUAAUAGUUCUGUGGAAUGUUAACGAGGAGAUUUGUAUCUAUAUGUAGAUGCUGUUAUAGACUGAUGUGACACGGUUACCAUAUAAAAUGCAAUAGAUCUGAUAUUAAAUAUACGUACGUAUUCAGCAGAGUGAAUUAGAUGUCAAUAUGAACAUCAAACAAUACUCAUUGUUAAGUUGAACAUUGUAUAUAUUUUUGUUGGCCAUGAUAGGGUUUCCUCAACCUGUUGUAAAAACAUUGGAGCUGUUAAUUUAGUCAACAUUCUAACAUUAAAAGGCUCACAUUAUUAGGGUCAGCAUUUCUGAAUUUAUAUGAUUAUUUAUUUGAGUAUUUACUUCAUUAUCAACCUUUUCUUUCAAUGUUAAAUUGGUCUUUUAUUUAUGCUUUAAAUGCCAGUUAUUGCACCGUUUUGACUAAUUUGAUCCUCCCAGACAAUUAAAUCCAACACAAAGUUUAAUUCAAACGUAUUUGUCAUGAAGUUAAUAUAUCACAAUAAUUAGACACACCACCAUGGUAUUGUACUGUUAUUCUUGUUUAUCUUUACCUGGUAAAGCAUGACCAUCCACACCUCAGCUUGACACAAACAAAUCCACUGAAAUGUCAUUAAUUUUGUGACUGAGAGAAAGACAAAGAGACAUUAAGAUUUGUGACCAAGAGGGAGAUAUAGAUUUAUGAUGGAGAGAGAGGCAUACAGAUUUGAGACCGAGAGACAUACGGAAAUGUGACUGAGAGAAAGACAAAGAAAGAUUGGGGAUUGCAAUAGAGAAAAGGGGAGGAGAGAGAGAGAAAUUAGAGAGAGACUAAAAGAUAGAGGUAUUAGGACAGUAUAAAUCAAAAUGCGAAAAUUAAUCUUAUAUAUACAUUAGAUCAUAAUAAUCCUCACAUUUUCCAGAGAUGUCAUAGUAACAUUAGUAGUCAAGCUGGUGGUUCUUAUUUUGUUUCAUCUGCUUUAAUGAGUUUACUUGUAAGCAUACAUUUUGUUGUAGUUUAUCAUUCCAAAUCGUUUAGAAAUGCUAUUUAAUUUUUCAUGUCUGGUCACAUGUAUGAGAGUAUAUUCAUGUCAGGUACUAACAGUUUAUGUCAGAUAAUGAUUAUCUGCCUCGAGUGAUACUGCUUUAAUGAAGAUAUUUUUUAUAUAAUAAAUCUUAUAAGACAAAUA